UUUACGUAAUUGCGUCAUUUCCGACGCAGCCACAAAGCGUUGUGUUGGGGCGCGUGUGCGGCCUUUCUUCCUCUACCGCCGUCAUGGGUCGCAUGCACGCUCCCGGAAAGGGCUUGUCCCAGUCAGCUCUGCCUUACAGGCGCAGUGUUCCCACUUGGCUGAAGCUCACAUCCGAUGAUGUCAAAGAGCAGAUCUUCAAGCUGGCCAAAAAAGGAUUGACUCCUUCUCAGAUUGGUGUGAUUCUCAGGGACUCACAUGGUGUGGCCCAAGUCCGUUUCGUCACUGGCAACAAGAUCUUGAGAAUCCUCAAAUCCAAGGGUCUGGCCCCUGAUCUGCCCGAGGACCUUUACCAUCUCAUCAAGAAGGCCGUGGCAGUCAGAAAGCAUCUGGAGAGAAACAGAAAGGACAAGGAUGCCAAGUUCCGCCUGAUUCUGAUUGAGAGCAGGAUCCACAGGCUGGCCCGCUACUACAAGACUAAGAGAGUACUGGCCCCCAACUGGAAGUAUGAGUCCUCGACAGCUUCUGCUCUGGUGGCAUAAACUACUUUUUUGGAUUAAAGGAUUUAGAUG